GCAUAGUUCCGCCGCCUAAUAGACCAGGUUCACAAUGACAACUUGUCAUUUGAUUCUAAUCUUUUUUUUCUUCUCACGCAAUUUCCAUUUUCCAACACCGUAUAAAAACGGAAAAACCUUCAGCAUAAUAACCGCGUAUACUCCUAUUCUUUUUUCUUCCUUCUUAAAUCUAUUUUUUUCUUCACCUUCGUACCUUCCUUCUUCCAGCUAUUAUGGCGGAUGCUAAAACCCAAAUUGAGUCUCUCAGAAAAUGGGUCGUCGAACACAAGCUACGUACUGUUGGGUGUUUGUGGCUUAGUGGUAUUACGGGUUCAAUUGCAUACAACUGGUCUAGACCUAACAUGAAAACCAGUGUUAAGAUCAUUCACGCCAGGUUGCAUGCUCAGGCUCUUACACUAGCAGCAUUAGCAGGAGCUGCAGUGGUAGAAUAUUAUGAUCAUAAGUCUGAAGAAAGGGCUGCAAAUAAUUCUAGGCAACAAAUGAAACGCAAUUAGAGUUCCAAUUCUUUGUACUAGUUGAUCUUUGUAUCUGAUCUGACGUAUCGCAGCUUGGCAUAGUAGAGUUCUGGUGAUUGCAAAUUUUGCAAUAUAAUUUUGUUGUCCAUCAAUUCGUAAAAUAAGAUACUACAUUGAAAUGUUUACAUACGAGAGAAUAUAUUUCUUGCUGCUAAUUGCUUUGGAUUAAUCUUCGAACAAAUAUCAUUCAUGUUCAUUUUAAAGGGAAAAAUAAUACUCAUCAAUUAUCAAUUGUUGAUGAGAAAAUAAACUGUUGAUAAAUGUAUUUA